AUGGACACUAAAACCCCAGUCACAUUAGCUAAAGUUAUUAAAGUUUUAGGUAGAACCGGUUCAAGAGGUGGUGUUACUCAAGUUAGAGUUGAAUUUUUAGAAGAUUCAACUAGAACUAUUGUUAGAAAUGUUAAAGGUCCAGUUAGAGAAAAUGAUAUCUUAUGUUUAAUGGAAUCAGAAAGAGAAGCUAGAAGAUUACGUUAA